UCGCCAAAAAAGAAAGAAAGAAAUAAAAAGCCAAAAUUGAAAAACAACGCGUCGUUUUUUCAUCGAUGAAACAUAUUAACCCAGUGACUCUCUCUCUCUCUCCUCGUCGAUUUCUCUCUGAAACUCUCUCUCUCUCUAGCAAGUGGCAGGUUUAUCUCAUGAGAGCAUUGCUACUACUGAAAUAGCAAGUGAUUAUAGAGACACCUAUGGGGACUGAAAAUCCUGGUCGACCAAAUUUUACUCCAAGACCUACCACUACACCUUUUGCUGCUCCUCCUCGGACCAUGACGCCUUUUACAUCUUCAGGUCCUGUGGUUGGACAAGAGGCAUCUGGUUUUAGACCACCUCCACAGACACCUUUCUCUUCGUCUGGGCCUGUGGUUGGAUCAGAUGUUUCUACCUUCAGACCUACUCCACCAGCUCCUCCACAGGCUACCAUGCCUUUCUCAUCUUUUGGGCCUGCAGGUGGACCACAGACCUCUCCCUUUAGGCCUAGCACACCAGCUAGGUUUAAUGAUCCAUCCGUGCCUCCUCCACCAACAGCAAAUGCUCCACCGACUGCUGGACCUUUCUCCCGUUUCCCGACUCCACCAUUUUCUUCAACACCUCAGUUUCCUUCGACAGCGCCACCACCCCCUUCCCGUCCUCCACCUAUGGGCCAACUACCUUUUCAACCUCCAGGAGGUCAAGCUCCAUUUCAACGACCACAGCAGCAGAUGCCUUCUGUACAAAUGGGAUCUCCACCUCAAACUAUAAAUUCUGCUCCACCAGGUAUGAGUCUUCAUCAGUCUCCAUCAGAUUCGUCCUUCCCAGCUCCCCAGCCAAGGGCUCAGACAUCUUUCCCUGGAUAUGCACGGGGAAAUCCACAAGCCCCACCAGCUCAGUCUCCAUUUCUUACUCAUCAAGGAGGCUUUCCCGCUCCACCUGCAGCAUCUUCCCCUUUCGCUGCUCAGCAAGUGGGUUAUGGAGUACCUCCACCAGUGGCAGCUCCACUGGGUCUGCAGUCGCAACAUCCUGGCUCCGGACCCCCACUUGGUGGUGUCCAAGCCUUGACAGAGGACUUCAGCUCAUUAUCUGUUGGAUCUGUUCCCGGAUCAAUUGAACCUGGAAUUGACCCUAAAGCUCUGCCGAGGCCUUUGUGUGGUGAUGUGGAGCCAAAACCACUUGCUGAGAUGUUCCCCUUGAACUGCAAUCCUAGAUUUUUAAGGCUUACAACGGGUGCAAUACCAAGUUCCCAGUCUUUGUCGUCAAGGUGGCAUCUACCUCUGGGUGCUGUUGUUUGUCCACUUGCCGAAUCACCUGAUGGGGAGGAAGUGCCAGUGGUUAAUUUUGGUGCUGCUGGGAUUAUUCGCUGUAGAAGAUGUCGGACAUAUGUAAACCCAUAUGUGACAUUUACAGAUGCUGGAAGAAAGUGGCGUUGCAAUAUCUGUGCUCUACUUAAUGAUGUUCCAGGCGAUUACUUUGCCAAUUUGGAUGCCACUGGCAGAAGAAUUGAUAUGGACCAGCGACCUGAGCUUACACAUGGUAGUGUGGAAUUUGUUGCUCCAACUGAAUAUAUGGUGCGGGCUCCUAUGCCGCCACUGUAUUUUUUCCUCAUCGACGUUUCUUCAUCUGCAGUGAGAAGUGGUAUGAUUGAGGUUGUGGCCCAAACUAUUCGGUCAUGCUUGGAUGACCUGCCUGGCCACCCCAGAACACAAAUAGGGUUUGCAACUUUUGACAGCACAAUACAUUUUUAUAAUAUGAAGUCUUCUUUAACUCAGCCUCAAAUGAUGGUGGUCUCAGAUUUGGAUGACGUAUUUGUCCCAUUGCCAGAUGAUCUUCUGGUCAACUUAUCUGAAUCAAGAAGUGUUGUGGAGACCUUCCUAGAUAGCUUGCCGUCUAUGUUCCAGGACAACUCAAAUGUGGAGUCUGCUUUUGGUCCAGCUCUUAAAGCCUCACUUAUGCUUAUGAGUCAACUUGGUGGAAAAUUGUUGAUUUUUCAAAAUACACUUCCAUCUCUUGGUGUUGGCCGCUUGAAAUUGCGUGGAGAUGAUCUUCGUGUCUAUGGAACAGAUAAAGAACAUCCUCUAAGACUACCAGAAGAUCCUUUCUACAAGCAGAUGGCUGCAGAAUUUACCAAGUUCCAGAUAGGAGUAAACGUAUAUGCCUUCAGUGACAAGUACACUGAUAUAGCCUCAUUAGGUACUCUGGCAAAAUAUACCGGGGGUCAGGUGUACUAUUACCCAAAUUUCCAAUCUACCAUUCAUGGAGAGAAGUUGAGACAUGAGUUAGCCAGAGAUCUUACUAGGGAAACUGCCUGGGAGGCAGUCAUGCGCAUAAGAUGUGGAAAAGGAGUCCGCUUUACAUCUUAUCACGGGAAUUUUAUGCUGAGGUCCACCGAUUUAUUAGCACUUCCAGCUGUAGAUUGUGAUAAAGCAUUUGCGAUGCAGCUCUCACUUGAAGAGACAUUACUAACUAUUCAGACAGUAUACUUCCAAGUAGCUUUACUAUACACUGCAUCCUGCGGAGAAAGGCGUAUUAGAGUACAUACAGCAGCAGUACCUGUUGUUACAGAUCUGGGAGAGAUGUAUCGCCAGGCUGACACUGGUGCUAUUGUCACCUUGCUUUCCAGGCUAGCAAUAGAAAAGACUUUGUCGAGUAAGUUGGAAGAUGCUCGGAACUCUUUGCAGCUUAGAAUUGUCAAAGCCCUUAAAGAAUUUAGAAAUCUUUAUGCUGUACAACACCGUUUGGGAGGGAAGAUGAUAUAUCCAGAGUCUCUGAAGUUCUUACCCAUGUAUGGAUUAGCACUUUGUAAGUCAGCACCUCUCCGUGGGGGGUAUGCAGAUGUAUCACUUGAUGAACGGUGUGCAGCAGGCCACACAAUGAUGACUCUACCAGUUAAAAAAUUGUUGAAGCUUCUAUACCCUAGUUUAAUACGGCUCGAUGAGUAUCUUUUGAAGCCUUCUGCUGAUGCUGAUGACUUCAACAGCAUAGAGAAUAGAUUACCACUAGUAGCUGAGAACUUAGAUUCCAGAGGCCUUUACAUAUAUGAUGAUGGGUUUCGCUUUGUUCUAUGGUUUGGUAGAGUUCUUCCACCUGAUAUAGCGAAGAAUCUUCUUGGGGCUGACUUUGCAGCCGAGUUAUCAAAGGUCACCCUUUGUGAGCGUGAUAAUGAAAUGUCAAAGAAGCUAAUGAGGAUACUUAAGAAAUUUAGAGAAAGUGAUCCUUCAUAUCAUCAGUUGUGUUAUCUUGUAAGACAAGGAGAGCAGCCACGAGAAGGUCAUCUUCUCCUUGCCAAUCUUGUUGAGGAACAGAUGGGGGGGACCAACAGUUAUGUUGAUUGGAUACUUCAGGUACACCGGCAAGUCCAGCAAAAUCCGUAAUUUAGAGCAGGAUGUUUUUUUUAAACUUAUUGCAUGCCUCAUCUGUGAAGUGGUGAAGCAAAUAUUUGUUCAGUGUGAUGAAGAACAACGGAUAAUUCAGCCAUGGCAUCAUCCCCUCGGGACUGUGGUUGGUGGAGUUGAAGAUUAGAUCGUCGCCAUGCACAGUUGGGGAUCAUUUGUUUGUUCAUCACAGGAUGCGAUAAUUAUAGAUGUACUGUAGUCCUAUAUUCUUGUGCCUUCAUCUUUAAUGUCGAGAAAAUUUUUGUAUGUGAUAUCCUUCUUCAAUUCUUUUUUUUUUUUUUUUUCUCCAAGUGUUGACAGUUGGCACGCCUUAUUCAAAAAUAUUUUUGAAUAGUUCUAUUCCGGCCUCCCAUUUUGAUGUACGAACCUUCCAAACUUUUUGUACUUUCUAUCCAUUUAUAUAUAUGUACCUCCCAAAACUUUUUAUA